AUGGAAUUCCGUGGUGAUUUCGAGGAUCCGGGUAUGUUAUCCCAACAACAGACACCUGUUUCCCAACUAUGCCCCCGGUGCUCCUCUCUGGAUAUCGCCUCGCUGCUUGUAGCCCGCGAGGCUGCAGCCUUUGACGAGGAAAUCAAGGUUUGGGAAUGGGAGGACUACGACCACCCAGACUGGCUUCAGAGCGGCUGCUCCCUGUGUGACCUCGUGAGUGUCAUCAAAUCUCCAUACGAUACUUCCCAUGCAACGGCAUGGUUCUACGCCCAUCCAGACUAUAUGUAUGUCGUGCAGGAUGAUCCUUUGAUCGCUCCGAUUCCUCUAGAACUGAGGAAGGUGGUAAGGAGGGUCACGACGAAUGACUCGUCCUCAGUGUGGAGAGACCAGAGCGGCAAAACAAAUCGGACUUGGACAUUGCUCCUUGCCUCUCGCAGUUCUGUGUGCAAUCAAGGAAAUAUUGUCAUGAGGAAAAUCAGUUCCUCCACCAUCGAUUUCAAUAUCGUCAAAGCAUGGAUCUCGCAAGCUAUAUCCCAUAGUCAAUCUCGCGCGCAUCACCAACCAGGCUUGCCCGAACGACUGAUUGAUUGCCACUCCAACAAGGUCGUUGCUGCUGGCUCCCAGCCAUAUGUCACACUGAGUUAUGUCUGGGGUGAUACCAUGAUUGAAUUCGAUAGUGUUGAUUUGGGAGAGGUGCUUCCAGAAUCAAUACCCGUUACCGUCACGGAUGCCAUUAAUGUUACAACGAAACUUGGGUAUCGGUAUCUGUGGGUCGACAAGUACUGCAUUGACCAGAAGGACGGCAUAGGGAGGCUAAGGCAGAUCAAUAACAUGGACAUCAUUUUCAAGAACUCCGAAGUCACCAUUGUUGCCGUUGCUGGCAUGGAUGCGAAUUUUGGUCUGCCUGGAGUCAGCACGAGGCCCAGAAAGCCACAGAGGCGUGUUGCAUUGAAUGGGGCAGAUAUGACGAUUGUGUCGACGACACCUGUCCUCCAGACCUCAAUCCGUGCGUCCAAGUGGAAUAGUCGUGCUUGGACUUAUCAAGAAGCUCAUCUAUCUUCGAAGCUUCUGGUAUUUACAGAAACCGAGCUUUACUUCGAGUCACGAUGCGGUACCAACCGAGAGACGGUCGAAGCGCCAUUUCCUUGUUUGGACAAUAAUCUCUUCGUCUACCAGAAACCUUCAUUUGAUCCUUGGAACGCAAACAACCCCGAGUUCGUCAACAAGGCGAUCGCAGAGUAUUCUGUGAGAGACCUCUCAAGAGAGGAAGACGCAUUGAUUGCAGCUCUGGGCUUUCUCAAGGCUUUUCAGGGGGGUCCAAACCCGGUAUAUCACCAUUGGGGAGUGCCAAUAUUCCCAGAUCAGGCCAUCAGACUUGGUCACGGGCGGAAAUCAUUCCCUUAUCUUGGACCAAAGGCGCCCGUGCCAUUCUCUCACGAAGGUUUCCUGUUGGGGCUAUGUUGGCGAGCAGCUGGUCACCAGUUUGAUGGAUACUCAGGCAAGGAAAUCCGCCGCCGUCCGGGACUGCCGAGUUGGUCAUGGGCCGGUUGGUCUUGCACUCUGGAUGAGACGCCACAAACGGUCUACGAAGUCGAGCACUUCGUCACACACCAAGACGUCAGCAUUUCGCUCGAACUCAGUGAUGAGAAAACUGUUGUGCCGCUGAAGGAGUUGUAUGAAUUCCAUCACUCACCGGCAUAUCAGCACACGUUCUCGCAUUUCAUCCACUUAAACAUCCACACAAUACCUCUUGGCUUCAGAUCCUUGCCAAGGGAGGAAAUGACACCAGCAGACCGUGACAUAUGUCCCGAACCCUAUGCGCUGGCAUUUGAGGAUGUCGUUUUUCCAUUCUGUUACGGUGGAUGGGGCACACGCACUAACAGUUUCAUCUCUCUUUUGCCUGUCGAGGAAUUGUCGAGGCGCGUUGUGGGACGACAGGAAACAUCACUGCUGGGUUUGGUUUUGGGCCGCUUCGAAGACAAACGAGACUGGCCUUAUGGCAUGCAGUACAUUCUUGUAGCACUAGAGCGCGACGGCCAUUACGAGCGUAUCGGAUAUAUUCGGCAAGGAGAUCGGAAUAUCGAUCUCAACUUCCGUUCAUUGUUGGAGGAGAAAAUGAGACGACAGAGUAUUAGACUUGGUUAG